AUGAGCUCAACUGAGGUGGCCACAGGGCAGACGCCCAAAAGACAGAAAAGAGCCAAGAAAGAGAAGAAGGUUUCGCCCAACAGGUGUGAAUACUUCUUGGAGCAAAAGAAGCGCCAGUGUGCCAUGCAGCGAAAGAAGGGCCACAAGUUCUGCUCUGAGCAUAUGGUGCACGAUGAUUCCACUACAGCUUCUGAGGUCAAGGGUGAGAGAGUUCCUUGUCCGCUAGAUCCGAAGCAUACCGUAUGGCUUCACGACUUGGAGUUUCAUUUGAAGAAAUGCAACGCCAAACCCAAGGAGAAGCAUGACCCUUGGUACGUGAAGAACUAUAAUACGAAGUACGGAGACGAGGAGGUGGAGAAAAGCGACGUCAAACUGCCUGGUCCCGAGGAUUUCCAAAAGGUAAUUCCCAUCAUCAAAGCUUAUCAAGAAAGACACAGUCCUCUUCGUCAUAAGAACAGUUCUCAUCCCGGCUUGGAUUCCUGGCUCGAUGGAAAAGAGAACCAGAAGCAUAUAAUCCAGCAGCUGUCUUUGGUGGGAAACAUGAAGGAGAAUGGACUUCUCUCCACCUCGGCUUUCUAUAUGGAAUUUGGAUGCGGCAAGGCCGAAUUGUCCAGGGCGGUCAAUGCAUGCAAUAUCCAUGAUUCCAAAGAGCUCCAAGAAAGCUAUGGUUUUGGGCUCAUAGACAGAGGCACUAACCGUAUGAAGAUGGAUAGCAAGAUUAUCAAGGACUGCGAGGAAAUGAAGAUCGAGCAGAUGCCAAAGAUUAAGCGAUCUAGAAUAGACAUUGAGCAUCUUCAUCUCGACAAUUUCCUCGAGAGCGAGAAACCACAGGAGGUCGUUUGCAUUUCCAAGCACCUCUGUGGAGUUGCUACAGAUCUUACACUCAAGCUGCUCUUGCAUUCAUCGCUUCUACAAAACGGCAACUUUCACGGAUUACUAGUGGCUAUGUGCUGCCGUCAUAUAUGUCACUACAACCAGUUACUCCCUGACUCAAGAAGCUAUCUUGCAGAGAGUGGGAUCACCAACGAACAAGAUUUCAUCACUCUCAGAAGAAUUGUUACCUGGGCAGUCUGUGGAAAAAGAGAAGAUGGUCCUAACGAUGAUACUACGCUACUGGCUAGCGAAAAGGAAAGCCUAGGACUCGCUGCAAGAAGAAUGAUAGACGAGAGCAGGGUCUACGCUGCUCAAAAGGCCAUGCCUGGUUACAACGUGGAGCUCUUCACGUACACAGACAAGGCCAUCACGUUGGAGAAUUCGUGCAUCUGCAUUACAAAAAAGUAA